UAUAAUCAAUCAAUAAAAAUGCAAUUAUUAUUCAUCGAUGGUUAUCCCCAUAAUUGGUGUACAAUGUGUACCAUAUAUCGUAAUCAUUUUGGCCUAGUGGCGCCCAUUCAAAUAUCUUUGAAGCGAAAAAACACACCAAACAAUAAUUUAGAUUUUGAUUCUGAAUUUGAAAAAGAUUCGAUCAUCAAUGUAAACAUCUUUGUUAUUAUCGUUAUGUUUGUACAUAUUGUCUACAAAAAUAUCAACAAUCAACUAGUCAACGGAAACGAAAUUCUAAUUUCAAUGAAACGAAUGAUUUAUUGAUGAAAACAUAUAGAAAAUGUCAAUUGUUGGAUGAUAUCAAUGAUUAUGGACAAAUGUUUUUAUCGUUUAUAUCGGCAACAACCGUUCGUAAUCAUAUUGAACAGAAACAUACGACAGCUGAAUUUAAAAAUGUCACAUUUAAAAGAUGGAUGUCUGUUGAUUCAUUGGAAUAUCAAUUACGUAAAUGUUAUAGUCAUUUUGGUUGGAAUUUCGAUGGUGAACUUGAUUCAUAUGAACAUGAAGACAUUAGACGUAUAUUGCAGACACAUAUGGUCAUAAAGAAAAAGAAGAAACCCUUCAUAAAAAUAAUGUCCGAAAAUAAAUCUGAAUGGAUACGAAAUCUGUAUAAACAUUAUACAGAAUGUCCAUUACCUAAAAUGCCGACAAUAUCAAUGAAUGAUCUAGAAGAAGUGUUGUAUUUUGUGAAUAAUUUGAUACAUGAAAAAAGAUUGCCGACAAAAAAUAAUGACCAAACGAUAUCAAAUGUAACGAAUGAUCAAUCCCUGGUUGCAACCACUGGGUCAUCCAGUGAACAAUGUAGACAACAAGAAUUAAUAACCACUCAAACGACUUCAACAAAAUGUAAAAAAAUUCUUGAAAAUUUGAAAAUUUAUAAUUCACAGAAAUUAGUGCUUUCAAGUUUGAUGAAAAAAACCGUUAAACAAAAAAUUCACACCAUGAUUCAGGCAAUAAAUUCACAAAUGUCAUCAAUACGUACCAGAUUAUCCAAUGAACAAAUGUCAAAUCUUUGUGUUCGUACAAUUAUUGAGAUAUAUAAAUGGAUGAGCCAAACAAUGGAGACAAAAUCCAUCGAAAGAAAUCAAUACGUGUUUAAAUUUGAUCCAAAUUUUAUGAUUGAAUUAAUAUUUGAAUUGAAAUUAAAAUUCGACCAACAACAUUCAGAAAUGCCAAAAAAAUGUAUUGAAGUGAUGAAUAUAAAUCAAAGCAUUGAUAGUGAAAAACCAGAACUUUUCAAUGACAAUUGUUCUGAUGAUAGUGGCAUUCAUCUUAGUCCUAAAUUCGAAAAACAAUUAAUUCAAUUGGCAAAGCCAUCAAAUAUUGAUCCAUUACAAUCAAGUUUGGUUAAAAAAACGAAAUCAACCAUAUUUGAUGAUAUGGAUGGAACUAAUGUGAAAACAUUCAGACAUUUUUCCAACAAUCAUAAAAGAAAAAAUCGAAUAUCUGAAUUCAUACAGCAGAUUGUAUUGGAUAACUAUUUCGAUUCAAUAAGACCAAUUGUUUAUAAUCAAAUCAAUCAAAUAUCAUCUGCUGCAAAUGAAUUGCAAGAUUUUAAAAGUGAAUUAAAUCAUAUGGGUAAAAAUGGCCAAAAUGAUCCAAUAAAUCAAUUAUUUGCUGAAAAUAAAGAAAUUCCAUGUACAUCAUUGGAUGAUGAAAAAAUGUUAACAUAUAUGAAACGAUUUUUACAUCUAAUCGAUAUAUAUGAUUGUUCAUUAGAACAAGAAUUGAAUGAAUGUGGUCCAGGUUGUUCGAUGGAUGAUGAACAUAGUAAUAUGAUGAAUCAAGAAGUUUGUGAUGCUGAUAUGAAUACAUUGUUUGCUAAAAAAUCUUACCAUCAUCGUCAUCAACAUAAUAAUGGUGAUAAUGAUGAUGAUGAUGAUGAUUUACGACCGAAAUCAGCACGAAAAUCAAGACCAAGAUCGCGAACAACGAAACCGACAAAACAACAAUCAAUUUCCUCUUAUAAUAAACAUUGUAACUAUGAUGAUGUUGAUGAUGAUCAUAAUCAAUGUAGCCAGGUUGACCAAAUCGACAUUAUAAAGGAGCAAUCCAGUAACAAUAGAUCUAGAUUGUUUAAUAAUGCUGAACGUAAACGCCAUAGCUACCAUCAUCAUAAUCGUCGAAAUCAUGUUAUCGAUAUCGGUACCGACCAUCAAUAUGAUCCAAUAUUCACAACAGCCAUUGAUGAUCAUUCGAUGGAUUCAUUUCGAAUAAAUCAUUCGACAGCGAAAAUCGGCAAAACAAAAACAUUAUUACAAUCGAAUACUUUAGUGGGAAAUCAACUAUCGAAAAUAUCAUCACGUUCAUCAACAUCAUCAUCAUCGACAUCCGAUUCUUCAUCAUCAUCAUCAGCGUCAUCAUCAGUGUCAUCUUCGUCAUCAGAAUCAUCAUCAAAUUCUUCAUCAAAAUCAUCAAAUUCUUCUUGUACUUCAUCAUCUUCAUCAUCAUCUUCAUCUUCAUCAUCGAAAACGACAUCAUCAUCAACCAGAUCAGAUAUUGGAAGUUGCUAUCUGCAGGAUAUUAGUCCUGAUCAGAUAAAUUCGGUAUUUGAUCCGGAAACAAGUUUAGCUUUAUGUUGUCUAAGACAGCUUAAGGAAGGUGAAUUAAACAACAACAACAACAACAACAACGACAGCAAUAAGAAAAAUAUGUCUACUUCAUCAUCUAAACAACAACGCGAACAAAAAGAAUCACCAUCACAAGGACAUAAUGUGUUGGCAGGUCGAUCUACAUUAUUAUCAUCGCCAUCACCACCAACGAAGGCGACAACGAUUCUCAAAAAGAUGACGGAAACAAAAUUUGAGAUCAUCGACCACUACAACGAUAAGGACAAAGACAAGGACGAACGUAUAGAUCAUUACCGGAAAAAACAUUUUGAUCAUGGUGGUCCAUCUCAUAUACCGUCAUCCCAGCAACCAACAAAACGACGACGAUUACUAUCAAACGAAUUAUUGGAAUCUACAUCAAAUAGUGAUGAAAUGAUUAAAUUUAAAAAAACUACAAAAUCUUUGGUUAUGGAUGAUGAUUAUGCAAACCCAAUGUCGAAUACGAAUAGUGUCUCAGAUGUCGAGAUUUUAACCCCAACAUCAAUAACAACAACAACAACAUCAAAAUUGCCAAGAUUGACUACCACAAUCGUAUCUGUGACUGAAGAUUGUAAUAAUGGAGAAUAUGUUGAGAAAUUGCAUUCAUCAUCUGAAACGGUUCGAAAAGAAAAUUUACCAACAUUCCCAUCGUCCAUGCCACAGUCCUCAAUUACAACGACGACGUCAACGACUGUAAAGAACAUCGACCACCAACAGAUGACCGAAAAAAAGGGGGUAAAUCCAUCCUCACUCCCAAUGCCACCACUACCACCUUCGUCGACAGUUUUGUCACCAUUGAAUGAUGAACAUCAGACGAAUUUGGUGGGAAUAAAUCGUAUACUAGAUGAAUGUGAAUCGAUUGAUAGUUCAAUCAUACAGCAACAUUUAUCUGUUGAAAAUGAAAAUGAAAAUUCGUCUACCUGUUGUAAUAACGAUUCAAAAACAUUUUGUUCACCAUCAACAACUGGUGCUUAUUCUGAAACUAACAAUAUUACCGAUGCCUUAUCUGAUUUAGAUAUUGAAAAUUUCGAUAAUCAAUUAUCUUCAAAUAUGUCAAGAAGAGCGAAUCAAAUUUCAUCAAAUAGAAAAAUGUUACAAUCAGAUUCAAAUAUCUAUAAAGAAAUGAGUAUUAAUGAACAAUCUUCAACAUCAAACAAUGAUUCAAGUCCAUCACAUUCUUCCACAAUAACUAAUAGUUCGAUUGAUUCGAACACAUAUGCUGAUAUUAACCAACAAUAUCAACAACAACAACUACAACAAACACCACCGCCACCACCACCACCACAACAACAACAACAACAACAACAACAACGACCACAACGACCACAACAAGAGGCACAGCAAAAUAUUUCAACAAUUCAACGACAAUAUCUUUUUCCCAAACGAUCUGCUAUGGAACAACAAGAAUCAUCUGCCAAUAAACGGAUUCGUAUGACCCCCAGUACUAGUAUUGGAAAUUCGAUAAUGAAAGAAAGAUUAGAUUCAAUAAUUGCUCCAUCACAACAACAACGACCUUUACCGCCCGUGGAAGAGGUAUUACAACGAAUUGGUCAUGAACAGCAAUCACAAUCUUCAUCAGUUAUGAUGGCAAAUUAUCCCAACCAAUCAUCAACAUAUAUGACGCCCAAUCAUAUGGCCGGUAAUCAUUAUUCAAUGCGAUCUAAUCAAUCAAUUGGAACAAAAAGUCAGAAUAAUCCAAUGAUUCGUGAGUUAUCACGUUUAUCACAUGUUCGACGACUCGAAACAUCUUCACGUGAAAUUCCAGUAUCAUCUUGGGAUACAUGGAAUUCUGGACAGGUUGAAUGUAACACUGCACAAUCUGAUUGGAACAAUCAACAACAACAACAACCAAUGUGUUUGACUAACAACAAUAAUAAUCCACAAAACACGACCGGCUACUAUUAUGGAAGUGGACAACAGCAAUCAGUUGCAAAUGUAAAUAAUAAUAAUAGUAUUGGAACCGGAAAUAUCUAUGGUUCAUCACCAUCAUCAUCAUCAUCAUCGAAUGCAGCAUUAACAGUAGCUAAUCAAUUACCGGUUUUUAAUACAACCGGUAAUAACCAAUAUUCGGAUCAAUAUCAACCGAGUCAAUAUUAUCAAUCACAACAUUCAAUGAUGGGUGGUGGCUAUCAACGUCAUCCAUUAUCAGCUAUGGUAGCUAAUAAUAGUCCUUCACUUGGUACGCCUUGGACGAAUACGAAUACAGCAAUGGCUCCGCCUUUACCUCCUCCUACUUUGAAUGAUACGAAUGUUAUCGGAUCAUUAUCAUCAACAUCUACAUAUGGUCAAUAUUCAUAUGGACAAUCGAUGACCAUAAAUGAUGUACAGAAUACGAAUUCAAUACAACAACCACAACAACCAAUUGCCAUGAACAUUCCUGUUUCCAAUACUAAUUCUGCGUCUAUAUCUGGGACUGCUGCCUGUGAUGAUAAUGUUGACGAUGAUGAUGAUGAAGAAGAAGAUGAUGAUGAUGAUCAUCAAGUUGAUCGUGAUAUAAUUGAAUAUAGUCAUAGUUUAUCUCGAGCAUUGAAUGCAGGUAAUGUGAUGGGAGGAUUGUCAAAUACAUCUCAGCAACAACAGCAACAGCAAAUGUUGAUGCAGCAACAACAACAAUUGGACGGUAAUUACAAUUCACAAUAUGAUCCGAGACAAUUUUCACAGCGGCAACCACUACCACAACAACAGUCAUCAUCAUCAUCAUCAUCAUCAUCAUCGUAUUAUCAACCAACAACAAGCUAUGAUAACAAUAAUAACAAUAGUGUGCAAUAUUGUUCAAUGAAUGAAAUUGUUCAACAAUUAUUCAGUAUUUGUGCAAAUUUUUCUUUACAAUUCACAUCAUUAAUUGAUAAUAUAAUAUAUCCAUCAUCAUCAACAACAACAACAAUCCAUAGACCGGAAUCAUUGACAAAUUUAUUGGAAAUGAACAUUAAUGCCGCAUAUCCAUUAUUAAUGAAUCAAUUACAAUCAAUGAGAUAAUCGCGGUGGCCAAUAAAAACAAAGAUUUAUUUACAAUUCAUCGAUCAAAACUCGCCAAUCAACAUUUAAGCCAAAAAAAAAUUCAAUUUUCAAUAUCUAGAUUUUUACCGGUGAAAAAAAAACAAAUCAAAUUAAUCCAAAAAAAAAAAUUUCUUCUCAUCCCAUAUCAUACCUAUUUGUCCAAAAAUUAUUUUUUCUCUCCAUUCCGGUGUCCCUUCAAAUAAGAAUGCACAGAACGAAUUCACCACCAGAGACAUUAAUUAAUAAAGUAACAGAAUCAUCAUCAUCGACAACGACAACGACAACAACAACCACGACAACAAUAACGGCGGCAGCACCAGCACCAGCA